GUUCGAGAGGAGAGCUGGAGGCUGCAGACCCACCCCUGGGACUCUGGGGAAGACGACAGCUCCUCCCACUGAGACAACCCUCUCCAUUUUCCGAACCCCUACUCUCUAGCCCACCCAUAGGCCUGUGACCCGCAGGGGCGCUGCGGGGACCGAGCCGGGAGGGGCGGGGCCGCGGCCUGUGCCACCCCUACAGUGCUGAGCCCUUCCCGGAUACCGCGACAGAUGCUUCGCGCUGUCAGAUGGCGGCCCGCGGGCUCCUAAGCUGAGGAAAGUCUCCGAAGGGACCCGCACCAUGGGACAGCGCGCAAAGCUGGCGACCGGCGGCCCGCGGAGUCCCCGGAGCGCACGUGCAGGGCUGCCCCUGACGCUGCUGCUGCUGCUAGGGCUCGUGCCCCAGCGCCCUGCAGAGAGUCCCUGGGGGCUGCCCAUUGUGGAUGAUGAUGCAGCAUCCAUGGCAAAGGAGCUGAUAGCACAACUGGCCAACCUGAAGUUAGAAUUUAAGCCAUGGCCUGGAGGGACCCAUUCUCUCCACUACCACUACCUGACUCUGUCAGAACCAGGCUCAAACCUCCCCGACUUUCUGGCUGUGGGUUAUGUGGAUGACCAGCCCUUCAUCCGGUAUGACAGUCGCCUGGGCAAGGCCAAGCCCCAGGCCCUGUGGGUGGCACCUAUAGAGGCCCAGUACUGGGAAAUGGAAACCCAGAAGCAGAGGGGCUGGGAGAAGGUGCAGCAGGUGGAGAUUUGGACUAUGAUGAGAUACCACAACCGGAGCAGCGGCUUGCACAGUACACAGCGCAUGUUUGGCUGUGAGAUCCAGGAGGAUGGCAGCACCAGCAUCUUCUGGCAGUUUGGCUUUGAUGGGCAGGACCACCUGUCACUAGACCUGGAGACACUGAGCUGGGUGUCAGCUGAGCCUGCAGCCAUACUGACAAAGCGCAGGUGGGAGAUGGAGCCUUGCUAUGCUGAGUAUGACAAAGCCUACCUGGAGAGCCUGUGCCUCAUCUCCCUGCACAGAUACCUGCAGCUGGGUGGCCAUAAUCUCACCCAGCAAGAGCCGCCUAAGGUACAAGUGACAAAGCACCUGGCCCAGGAUGGGUGUGCCAUGCUGAAGUGCUGGGCCCUGGGCUUCUACCCAAAGGACAUAACACUGAGCUGGUGGCUAGGUGGGGAGGAGCUGACCCUAGAGACUGAGCAGGUGGAGACACGGCCCAGUGGUGAUGGCACCUACCAGACAUGGGCAGUCAUGCAUGUGUGCAAGGGGGUGGCAGAGACCCAGUACACUUGCCACGUGCAGCACCCCAGCCUGAACAGCACACUCAUUGUGGCCUGGGAACCACCUUCUUGUUGUGGACCCAAAGCUGUGAUUAUCAUCACCAGUUUGUUCAUUGCCUUAUUGGUGGCUGGGAUUGUGUUUUGGAAAACAUGGCUUCAAGCCAAGAAAAAGACAUCUUACAAGCAAGCCCCAGGUGAUUGUGUGAUGGAACUAGCUGGUGGGGGGAACUCCAAGGGUGGAGAAGACCCCCAAUAAUCCCAAAGGCCAGUGAGAGAAGGGGCUGCCCAGCAUCUCUGCUGAUUGAUGUUCACUGCUACAAGACCAAGGAGGGGUUUUUUGGGGUGUUUGAGGGGCUGGAGUUCCCUGUACUUACUGGCUGAAAAUUGUCAUUUGACCA